AUGGAUGUCGGGCACCUGUUCAAUGCAAUAAAAAAGCAACCCAGUCUCGCUUGCAUUACUUAUGUCGACCUUGCCAGUUUCAUCCGACGUGCUAGCCUCCUCAAGAAUGAUAUCCUUCAACCCCAACCUCAGCGCAUCUCUGUCUCCCAUGUACCCGAUGUGCUUCCAGACAGUGUUACGAUGUUUCUCGCUACGUCACUCGACAUGUCAUCCGAUACAGUCAAUAAUCUAUGGUACAUUGUGAAGGAUCUCAUCUGGGAACUACCAAUGAGUGCUGAGACAAGCGCUGAGGAUGAAGUUGCGUUCAAGCUCCAUGUGGAAUGCACGCUAUAUCUGCCAGUCAAGACUUGCACGAAUCCCGACUGCACCGCAUGGCAGCAUGGCACACUGCUGAAGAAAGAGGAACAGCGCCGGGUCGUCGUAUUUACUCAUAGCGAGGGUGCAAGGCCUGGCUGGACCGUGCAUGUGAAGUGUCGAGAAUGCAACACGAACUACCACUUCAACUACAGCGUCAAGGACCAACUCCGAACCUACUACAACGGUAUCCCGCAAUACAUUCAAGUCUUGGAUCACCAAUUUGUUGAGCUCAACCUUGCCAUGCAUUGGAUGGACCUCAUGCAGAUCGCUGUUUCAGCGACGAACUGCGGUCAUUUGUAUGGUAUUGCCCAGACACAUGGAACGCUUCGCCACACAGAAGUCAUCGUGACUGAUGGUGUGACAGUCGGAUGGCCAUGUUGUGCUGUCGCACGGUGUAAAAAUGCUCUCGAGAGCAACCGUCAUCGUUUCUGCACAGCAGAACAUCGCCACCUCAAGUCGGUCUGUGCCGUGGACGGCUGUAGUCAGCCAGUGAUGCCGGUUGGUGCUGAUGGGAAGACGCACAAAUCUUGUGAUGAUCCGGUUCAUCUUCGAAUGGAGGCCGCCAAUGUUGAAUCCUUGCGUAGCGGCAAGAGCAGGACACAGCGCCAGAGACUCGCAAAGUUGAAUGAUUCUGUCGCUACACAUAACGUUUCACCCCCGAUCGUGACUUACGCAGAAGAAGAUGUCCCCCUUCAAGAUGUCGAAGAAUGGUAUGAGUACGACAAGGCGUCUGGUGCUGUGCGUUUCCGUCAGGCGCCUACAACUACAUCUACUGGAGUCUCGGACGUCAAUGGGUGCAGUGCUAAGGAUAUCCCGUCCAAGAUCAAGGCUACAUUCCGGCGUCAGCGUACUAACAAUGAACAGCUCAUUGUUCGUCCCUGUGGCAUUAUCUCUGGUUGUGGUACAAUGUACCACCAUGAGGCUGUCUCGAAUGUGCUGGUAAGUUUUUUUUUCUGUCGGAAGGACUAUGCUAACUUAUUUCCUCAAGAUUAUGGUCGAGAAAAUGUUCUCCCUCCCACACGCACGUAA